AAAACAAAAACAAAAGUAAAGUAAAAAUAAAAAAAUAAAAAGUCUUUGUACUUUGUUCGAGAAAUGUGCGAUUGAAAAACACAGACACAGUGUGUAGAGUUCACAGUUUCACACAUCUUACUUUGUCUGUUUCUUGUGUUGUUGUGUCUUCCAUUUUUGGGUCUGAGAGAUUCUCUCAUCUCAUUGCAAUUGCAACAACCCAAUAUGGAGAAAGCUCUCACUAAAGUCACAAGCUUGAAGAUUGGACUUGGAGACUCAUGGUUUACAAAGAAAGCCAAACAAGAGUUCUCUAACAUCUCUCAAGAUAUCACUACUUUCUCAAAUACAGUAGAAGAGAAGGCGAAGUGGGUUUUCAACAAACUAAAAGGUAAGCCGCUGAAAAGCUUACCAGAUCUCCUCCGAGAGUACAAUUUACCCCCCGGGCUAUUUCCUCAAAACACAAUCUGUUACGAGUUUGACGAAAUCAAGGGUAAGCUAAUUGUGUACUUGCCAUCAGCAUGUGAGGUAAGCUUCAAGGAUUCCUCUGUACUGAGAUAUGCGACCCGAGUCAAAGGGGUUCUUACAAGGGGAAAACUUUCAGCAAUAGAGGGAAUGAAAACAAAAGUUCUUGUAUGGGUUAAGGUGACAAGUGUGGCAGUUGAAGGUUAUAAAUCUGAUAAGGUGUGGGUUACUGCUGGUGUAAAGAAGUCGAGGCCAAAGGAUGCUUACGAUACGCCUCGCGAUGCUGUUAGAGUAUCGGAAUUCUGAGAUUCUGAUAUCAGCUAUUGUUGUCGUUCUAUUACUAUGGAAUAGUUAGUUUCAUUUAUUGGAAAUGUUUACAUAGAAGGUGUAGGGGUUAGGAUCAUCUUCUCUAUAUUAUAUAUAUAUUGGAUGUAUUGUUGUUUUGGUCAUUCAUUGUCACAUUGAAUGCAUGUUCAUUUUGCAAGCUCAUAUGGGAGCUUUGAUUAUGCAAUACAAAUUGAAAUCGAGCAUAGUAACAUUUUGUGUUUA